AUGCUUUCCAGUCAAGAUCUGCUUGAUAAUUCAUCUCUUAUAUCUAUUGCAGCAGUUUCAGGUGAUGACUUAGUUGGUAUCUUGGUAGGGACAGUAACGACCCUGGGAAACUGUAGCGCUGAUGAUAAUAAAUUACUUGCAUCGAGUUUUCCACUUUCGACCGGAGUUGCAUACAUACUUAGUUUGGGUGUUACGUCGUCAUUCAGGUCCAGAGGUGUUGCAUCUAUUUUAUUGAGAUCAUUUAUUGGUUAUGUAUCUGGUGAAAAUAUGGAUUGGUUGAAUGAUUCUAAUUAUCAAGGUGAUUUGCCUUGUUCAGAUCUAUUCAAUCAAACUGUAAAUGUGAAUCCAACUCACCAUAGAAAUGGAGAGGAUUGUUAUUCUGACAGCAAUGUAUCAACUAAGUAUAGCGAUACAUCUUCAUCUAUAAUUUGGCGUGUCAAAGAUUAUAAAUCUCUAUACAAUCUAAUUACACAAUUACCACGUGUCUCUCCUGUACAAGCUGUUUAUCUUCAUGUGUUACAUAGUAAUCUACAUGCAAGACGUUUCUAUGAAAAUCGUGGUUUUAUUUUUCUUCAUACACGUCCCGGUUGUUAUACAAUUGAUGGUAGAUCUGCUGAUGGUUGUACAUAUGUUCUUCAUACAAAUGGUGGAUAUUUAGAUUGUAAACCAAUAAGUUAUAAUUUAAAUGCUAUAUAUGAAUAUCUUAAUGAUCAUUCAAUAGUAUGUUAUCUAAGAUGGAUUAUUCGUUUGUUCUCUCAAUCAGGAUAUACCAUUUUGUAUAAAUUACGUCGAUUUUCACAUUAUCUUUAUGAUACUACCCCUUUAAUGUUUUUAAAUUAUCAUACAUAUAAUCAUCAAAGGCAGGGAUAUAUCAAUCAUCUUUCUUCGUUGUCGUCUUCUUCUUCUCCUUCUUCGUAUCCAACUUCAUCUUGUUUACCGCGUCAUUUCUCUGAAUGUUCUAUUCCAGAUACCAUAUCAACAUCGUCGUCGUCGUCGUCGUCAUCAUUAUGUGUUUCUCCAGAUUCAGCUGUUCUAAAUAAUGAGUAAUAAGCUUUCCAUUUACUUCAUUUAAUGCAUGAAAUUAU